AUGGGAAGAAUGGCUCUUAUAUUGAUGGUCAGUGAGAAGAAUGCUCCUUUACAUUGAUGUGGUCAGUGGGAAGAAUGGUCCUUACAUUAGUUGUCAGUGGGAAGAAUGUCCUUACAUUAGUGGUCAGUUGGACUAAUGGCUCUUACAUUGGUGGUCAGUGGGAAGAAUGGCCCUUACAUUGGUAGUCAGUGGGAAAAUGCCCUUAACCUUGGAGAUCAGUAUAAAGAAUGCUCCUUACAUUGGUGGUCAGUGGGAAAAUGCCCUUAACCUUGGUGAUCAGUAUGAAGAAUGCUCCUUACAUUGGUGGUCAGUGGGAAAAUGCCCUUAACCUUGGUGAUCAUUAUGCAGAAUGCUCCUUACAUUGGUGGUCAGUGGGAAAAUGCCCCUAACCUUGGUGAUCAGUUUGGAGAAUGCUCCUUACAUUGGUGGUCAGUGGGGAAAAUGCCCUUAACCUUGGUGAUCAGUAUGAAGAAUGCUCCUUACAUUAGUGGUCAGUGGGGA